CAAACAUCAUCACUGUCAUGUGUACAGCAGCAGCAGUAACGCUGUAACCUUUUACCCACUUUCACUGCCGCGAGUUCUCACGCUUCCACAGCUCUAUAUAAAGCAGCGAUAACCGAGGCUACAGUACACGCCAUCUUUACGACUAGCUAGCAAGUUAUUUCAGUAACUCAGCACCAGGAUGCUAUCCAAUCUUACUCGCUGGGUGUCCAGAGGUGCACUCCAGGCACUGAAGGGGGCAACCAGUCGGCCUCAGCUGGUCAAGACUCCUCAUAUUGGGAAUCAGACACUGGCAGCGACGCCGCUGCCCUUCAAUGGGGGUAGUCCAGGAGUAAGGCAGGCCAGAGCGCUGGAGCAGGAGAGGCUACUGCAGAUCAAUUGGGAUGAUGGGACCUGUAGUUUGUAUCCAUUCACCUGGCUGAGGGAUAACUGCCAGUGUCCUUUCUGCAUGCUGCAGUCGGCGCAGGCACGUAGCCUGCUACUUUCAGAUUUGGACGUGCACACCGGGAUGGACCAAGUACAGCUGAUGGACAAUAAGGUGUCCAUUACUUGGCCAGAUCAGCAUAGUAGUGAAUUUGAGCCGGAAUGGCUGAAGAAACGGUGUUUUUCUUCUGAGGCAAGACAGGCUCUCCAAGAGGAACUCUUCCUUAAUGAGCGUGAAUACUGGGAUUCUGGUCUGCAGAUCCCCACAGCAGAUUUCGAGGAGGUUUUACAUGAUGAUAAGGCUGCACUGGCCUGGCUUGAGGCUCUGAGACGCAUUGGCAUCGCCUACCUGAGGGGGGCGCCAGUGGAGCAGGGCCAAGUGGCCAGACUGAGCCAGAGAAUUGGCUAUCUCCGGCUCACCUUUUAUGGACACACGUGGCAAGUGCAGGACAAGCCUAUGGCUAACAAUGUAGCGUACACUUCUGGCAAACUGAGCUUGCACACAGACUACCCUGCUCUGCACCAUCCACCUGGGGUGCAGUUCCUGCAUUGUAUCCGUCAAGCUGAUCGGGGUGGUGAGAGUGAGGUGGUUGAUGGGUUUCAAAUGGCGGAGCUGCUCAGGAGGGAGGAUCCAGAGGCAUUUAACAUUCUCUCCUCUCUUAGGGUGGACUUCACAGACAGCGGUGCAGACUACUGCGACUUCAGCGUGCAGUCCAAAAACCACAUCAUAGAUGUGGACUCUGAGGGUCGAGUUGUGAGGAUCAACUAUAACAAUGCCACACGAGACUCCGUGCUGGAUCUGCCUCUGCACCAGGUUCAGCCCUUCUACUCCUCUCUAAAGGCCUUUGUGGAUCUGCUCAACAGGCCUGAGAACGUGCUCACAUACAGAAUGGAACCAGGUGACUUGGUGACCUUUGAUAACUGGCGUCUGUUGCAUGGCCGAAGGAGCUACCUAUCACAAGGUCAGAGCUUCAGACACCUGGAAGGAGCAUAUCUGGACUGGGACGAGGUCAUGUCCCGUCUCAGGAUCCUCCGCAAGACUGUCCAUGAAGACAGCUAGACCGUCCCUUGCAGUGAGAGUGAUUGAUAGAACGCAAAAGUUAUAUCUGAUCAGUUGUCUGGUUUUGGGAUAUUGUUGCUUUAUGGGAACUUUUAACAACUUUUCACCUCAGACUUCUUCAGAUCGUAGAAGGGAAAUUUUCUUUUGAGGCAUUUCAAUUUUUCCAAGUAGAUAAUCUGUCUUUUGGUAGUUUGCAUAUGCUAGUAUUUUGUCUUUUUAUUGAUAGGAAGGUGAGCUUUUUUUUAUUGCAUUGACCUAUCAUUGUUCUCUUUGAUAUAAGGGACAGUUUGCCGGGCAUUAUUAAAUAUAGUAGUCUUAAUCUAUUAAUGUAUUAAAGUAGAACCUCCGAUGGCAUCAAUAUUUCAUUCAGAACGAAAGGUUUAGCCUAUGUGUGGAUUAAUGCCCAAAGUAUUGUGCCUGUUUGAACAAGGGGUUUAAUUUGUUUUCAUUAUGCAUGCAGUCCGUUGCAACAGAGUGUCAUUUCUGAUGGCACAAUUCAAGGUUUAGUUUGUGAUGUUUGUCAGGAAAGAUCAUAUUGUUCCCCUUAGCUUGUAUGUCAUAUGGUAUCCACAGAUCAAAAAAAGUUUUAGCCAUUUGGUUAUUGGAAACCUGUGUUUGUGUGUGUCUGGACCACCAUUCUUUCUUGUAUGUAUGAGUUAUUUUAAUAUUGCUUUAUCAAAAUGUAGUUUUUCCCAUGUAUUCUCGUUUUGCACUCAAAUUUAGUGCAGGUUUUAAUGAACCGUAUUACACUUACACUAAAUUAUUUGCUUGUAGUCCAGACAGUGAUGAAACACUAAGUCUUGCAAACAGGACAUCUGGACAUUUGCUGAUGUCCAAAACAUAAAGUGGAUUGUUUUUGAGCAAAUAUUAAUGUUUUCUUUUUUCAUUCAACAACCAAUCUAUUUUGAUAUAGGGAGAUGGGGGACUACUAGGAUACUAGUAGACAUUAAGCAAAUGAACAGUAAGGCUUUAAAGCUGAAGUGUGUGACUUUUUCGAUGUUAAAAUACUUAGUCCUAUCAUAGCUUACUGUAAUAUGCAGGAACAACUAUAAUUAAGCCAUUCGUUGGUUAAUUUUCUCUAAAACUGUAAACACUGUCUCUGGUGCUAUGAAAAUUCCUGUUUUCUUGAGCAAUCUGUCUAGCCCUACACAGCAACAUAGACUUGACCAAUGGCGUGAGUUGGGGGCGGGACCAUCUGUUUGGCCGAUCAAUGGUUGACAAAGUGUAUUCAGAAAGCUGUUUUGAAAAUAACAUUUAUUUUUGGAAUUCUGUUUAUGUGGUGCAGAAAUUACACACUUCAGCUUUAAAUAUGUGAGCUUUUUUAAAGGAAAAAAAUUGCCAAUUUGUACAAAUGCAGUAACAAUGCAAAUAAAGCACAUGUAGCUUUAGUCUAUAUCAAGUAUAUAAGCUACAUCAGCUAUAGCUUCAUAUUUUUGUACGGACAACUGUCAAUGUUGAUAUUUAAACCGCUCAGGAUUAUGGCCACCUGCAGUCGGCUUUUGCUGGGCUUGCACUUAAAGAUGCUAUAUUGUCAAAUCUUUAAACAGUGUUUAAAAAAAUGCUGUGUGAGUCUUGUAAUGUAUUUGCAGGAUUCUGACAUGUUUUUUUUUUUUUUCCAAGACAUUAAAAGACAUUAAUGAUAUCCUCAUAUGACAUUCUUUUUCAUUCUGUGCAUGAAAUCUGGUAAUAGAUCUGCUGGUUAUUCUGGCUGCCCUAGUCAGAAAUUAAUCAGGGCUCCAGAUAUUUAAUUAACAUGAUGUAGGAGCAAUAAUACCUCUGUAGACAGUGAUUACUCUGUCUAAAAUCUGUGACAGUAUGAGCUAUAUAAUCUAGCAUAGAGAAAUUGUGUAACACUUUACAAUAAUGUUCCAUUUGUUAACAUAAACUAACAAUAAACAAUUGUAAUAGCUUUUUAUUUUUAUAAACAUUAACAAAGAUUAAUGCUGUGAAAAUAUAUUGUUAAUUGUUUGUUCAUUAUGCCUAAUGCAUUAAUGUUAACAAAUGGAACAAAUUGUUCUAGCAGUGUUUA